UGUGUAUGUUCUUCGCUAAACGCGAAGUGUCUGAUAACUUCCCGAGCAGACCCUGAACGCAGCAGCAUUAUCCAGCGGUGGGUGCCGGUUGACUAGAAAGUCGCGCAUCGCCUUAUUACGACCCCGUUAAAUUUGAAGAACUGAGGCAAACAUCAACAAUGAACGUCUCUCAUGAAAUUAAUUUGCUGGUGGAGGAGAUCCAACGACUUGGAAGUAAAAAUGGCGACGGUCAGACCAGUGUGAAGUUUGGGGUGUUGUUCAAUGACGACCGCUGUGCCAACAUCUUCGAGGCGCUGGUGGGCACCCUGAAGGCGGCCAAGAAGAAGAAGGUGAUCAGCUUCCCGGGCGAGUUGCUUCUGCAGGGCGUCCACGACAACGUGGAUAUUGUCCUGCUCCAAUGAGCCCGGAUCCGAUGGUGGUCAGAACCCGGUCAGAACCCGUUCAGAUACUGAGCUCCUGCUGUGGCCCAGCCUGACGCUGAGCUUCCUUUACGUGUAUGGCUCAGUAUCUGAAACACGUCGUGACCUAACAGCAUAUUAACGAACCCACCCGGCUCUUCUACAUAUGGUUCUGUUUAAUUUGGGACGUGCCAAACCAUUUUACCUGGUUUUCAUGAGCUGAACUAAAGCCGCAGUUUCAUAUCCUUCUCAGGCUUAGCCGUUUUAUAAGUCACUGGUCUAAAAUGUCAUUUUGAUACACUUUUCAGACUAUAAACGCACAAAUCAGGAACGUGGCCUUUUGUGUGAUGCAUUUCUUUGCUAAUUCUCACAAUGUAGAACCAAAUGCCUCUUGUGAUGGUGACUCCUGCGCAGGUCUUGUGCUUGUUUUUAAGCUGCACUGUGGAUAUCCAUUCCUUUACCAGCCUACGGUGGCAGUUAAAUCACAUCUGUCAUGUAAAUCUAGUGCAGCUGUGAAACAGCACAUGAUGCUGCUCAAUUUACUGUUUACACACAGAUACAACCUCAUGUAGACAUUGUGAUGUCACCAGACCAGUGCUUUUGGAAAUAAAAAACAGGUCCUUCAAAGAAGCCACGAUUGAAACAGUGCAUUUUAGGGGUUUUAUAAUUAAUGCUCUGCUGGAGUAGGUUUUUUCCAUGUUUUUACGGUUUGUGUUGGACGGUAAUUUUUUUUUUUCUCAAACUGCCUUUUGUUAGAAAUACUCGAACAAAUGGCGAAUGUAUUCCUUGUGCAAUUUGUAUUUGUGAAUCAUUACAGGGUGAAACAAAUAAAUUCUAAUGAUUCUCAGGACCAACAUAAAGUGUUAGGCAGUUGUCCAAGUAGGUGUGUUAUUUCUGACACAAACUAUGUGCAUUUGUAGCUUCAUUAUUUUUUUUUUAUUGUAUGUUGGCACUCUUUUCUGUACUGUAUGUCAUAUAAUACUUUCAGGUUAGGUUUGACCACGACUUUGUUUGAAAUGCUCAGAAACCUAUCACUGGCAGAGGCAAAAAUAUAAUAAACAUCUAAUCGUUAUCUUCAUGAACUAAUAAGGCAUAAAAUAAAUGACCAAAUAAGUAGAGAACAAAAUUGACAAGUAAAAAUAUUUUUUUAGUUCCUAUAAAUGAGAUCAUUUGGAGGCACAACACAGGAUAAGUCAAAAACCAAAUAAAAGGUUUUAAAACUAAUGUACUGGUGUGUGAAACAGAGCGGGUAAUGUCUUAUGCCAAAUGUUUAAACUAAACAUCUGUUUCAUUUUGACCACAUCUGAUGAGUCAAGUACGAGAAAAUACGCUUUUAAAAUACACUGAAAUCUACCAACAGUUUUCUACUUUUAAACGUCUGCUUGGCAGCUACCGUUUGCUUCUUAGUGAUAAGAGAAAUUUUAUCAGCCUGGUGGAAUCACACCUUCCCUGCAGGUUUAAUUAGACACUUUUCCACUUCACUGCUGUUUAAUCACUGUAGCUCAAUGUUUCGUGUUCAGGUAUUGUGUUUGACUUGAAAUAUGUAUUUCUGAACAGUAUAAAAGACCUUUCAGUUGGCUCACGCAUAUGGAAGUCUCUGUAUUUAUGAAUGAAACUGACAUGCAUUUCAAUGCCAAUACCUCGAGCCGUGUCUGACAACUUGUGGGAUAUCUGCAUGUGGGGUUUAAGUUUGUCAUUACUGUCUUUUGUAUCUGCAAUUUAAAUUUCUAUUCUGGUUACUUUGAAAUUCAGUCCACGGAAUAAAAAAUCUAGAUCUGCA